AACGGAGACAAGGAAUGAAUGAACGAACAAAUGAAUGUGCUACUGUAAAAAAAAAUUGUUAAAAAGAAACCAGAAAACUCAAAAGGGCAUUUUGGGAAUUUUUUAAUGCUGGGUGCACAAGCAAUAUGACGGUGCACCCAGCAACACCCCCACCCAUAUCUAUCUCUCCGAGACAGUGCAGGUGCAGAGAACUCUAUUCUCCUCCAUCAACGCAACCACCACCAUCGUGUUUAGGUCAUUCUUCUCUCUUUCCGUACCCUAAAACCGAAAAAAUUGUUCCUUUCACUUUUCUCCUCUCACACACAUUCCCACUUCCCCCUUUUCUUCCACCGUUAUGUCGGGUAGAAACCGCGGACAACCCCUUCCUCCGCCGCACGCGGCGGGAAUAUCGCCGCCGCUCCACGAUCCGCUGUACGGCCCGCGGGCCCACCACCACCACCAUCAUCAUCAUCAUCUAGUGGGCCCCGUCCCGCCCCACCCCCACCACCUUCUAGAAGACUUCCGCGACUCGCAGCUAGGGCUGGGCCCAACGCGCGGCGGGUCCAUCCCAUUGCACCCGGCGGCGGCGAUCAUCGAGGAGCGCCUUGCCGCUCAGCAUCAGGACAUCCAGGGUCUGCUGGGCGACAACCAGCGCCUCGCCGCCACCCACGUUGCCCUCAAGCAGGAGCUCGAGGCCGCCCGCCACGAGCUCCAGCGCGUGGCGCACUUCCGCGAGUCGCUCCGGGCCGAUACCGAGGCCCGCAUGCGCGAGCUCUACGACAAGGCGGCCCAGCUCGAGGCCGAGCUUCGUGGCGCUGAGGCCGCCCGCACCGAGCUCCUCCAGGUCCGCUCCGACGUCAAGGAGCUCACCGCCGUCCGCCAGGACCUGUCCGGACAGGUGCAGGCCAUGACGCAGGACUUGGCCCGCAUGACCGCAGACGCGAAACGGGUUCCGGCGCUGAGGGCUGAUGUUGAGGCCAUGAAACAAGAGUUGCAGUGUGCAAGGGCUGCCAUUGAGUAUGAGAAGAAGGGAUUUGCAGAAAACUAUGAACAUGGUCAAGUGAUGGAGAAGAAAUUGGUUGCGAUGGCUCGGGAGAUGGAGAAGCUUCGUGCGGAGAUUGCCAAUGCAGAGAAAAGAGCACGGGCUGCUGCAGCGGCUGGGAAUCCAGGUCAAGGGUAUAAUGCAAAUUAUGGCACUGCUGAUGUUGGAUAUGCUGGAAAUCCUUACCCUGGCAUUUAUGGCAUGAAUCCAGUACAGCCUGGAGUGGAGAAUUUUCCUCAGUAUGGACCUGGGCCUGCUGCUUGGGGCGCAUAUGACAUGCAGCGAGUUCAAGGACACCGAUAAAUUCCUGUUGAGGAAUCUUAUAACUGGUAUCUUGGGUUGCAACUAUCUAGAUGAUUGAUUCAGGGUUUUAAGAGUUAUCUACUCAUGAACGUCAUGGAAUUUGUCUAUUAGAUGGUCCUUGAAGUUGUACUUAUAUUAAAAAGCUCAUAUGUAGGUUGAUGGUGCAGUAGAUGAUGUUUAUCUACGGUGUCAAAUAAAGGACAUUUUGCUUUAUAUUAUCUUUUUAUUGUGAUGUGGCUGUCAUGCUAAUCUUGCUCUUUAAUUUAUGUCUUCAGCUUGAGUUUUCCUUUA